AUGCAGAACCAAGUUAAUGGCAGCGAGUCUCAGACUCAGCGCAAGCGACCAGCGCCAAGAGAUUCACGCGACGAGUCGGAUGACGAGCCCAGCACUGACGACAUUUCCUGGGAAUGGAUCUACGAAGACAAUGCUGUUGCGCGAAACGACGGCCAAGAAGGCGAACGUAAGCGACGCAAAGUGGACGGCGAUUUAAUCAUCGGCGCUCGUGUUGGCUCGUUCGAGUGCCGGAUAGGUGAUAUAGUCCUGCUCAAAGCCGAUGGCUCGAACGAGGCUUGGGUCGCCAUCAUAUGCGAAUUUGUCGAAGACGAUGACGGCGACAAGGCGGCCAACUUUAUGUGGUUCUCCACAGAAAAGGAAAUACGCAACAAGGAGAGAAAGCGUACCGACUUUUACUGGAACGAAUUAUACCUGUCUCCGUCCUGGGACGUGAACCCCCUGGGCUCUAUCUCUGGCAAAGCCAGAGUCACCUCGCUGGACCGCUUUCUUUCGCGACACCCUUCUGGCAAGAUCCCGCGAAACUCCCCGGAGUAUGGAAAAACAUUUGUGUGCCGACGCGGCUGCAAUACGAGAACAGCCACGUACACGAAUGAAUUUGUCUGGGAGGAUGUUUACAGCGGUGCCGAUGAUAUCUCGUCGCUUAUGGACAUGAUUGAGAAGGACACCAAGGCAACUCGAAAGAAACGGCCUGCGAAAAGUCCAGGAGUUGUGGACGACAUAUAUUACCCGCCUCAAACACCGACAAAACAGCGAACCCCAGCAGCUACGACACCGCACUCUCGUGGUCGCACGCCACGAGGAACUGGCAAAAAGCUCGAGUUCACACCGCUGGCGAUGCGAAAACUGUCACCAAGCAAUGUCGAUUCUUCCCCAUUUCAAAUUGCACGGUCACGGUUGCAUGUGUCCGCCGUGCCAGCCAGUCUACCCUGCCGCGAGGGCGAGUUUUCUCUCGUCUACUCGCAUCUCGAGGCGGCCAUCACCGAAGGCACGGGAAACUGUAUUUACAUUUCCGGGACGCCAGGUACUGGCAAAACGGCCACUGUGCGAGAAGUUGUUUCCCGGCUGGAGGAUGCUGUAGUCUCUGAUGAGCUUGAUGAUUUCAUAUUUGUCGAAAUCAACGGCAUGAAAGUCACUGAUCCCCAUCAGUCGUAUACACUCUUAUGGGAGGCCCUGAAGGGGCAGCGCGCAAGUCCCGCGCAGGCGCUGGAUCUGUUAGAGCGCGAGUUCAGCAACCCCAGUCCCCGACGCAUUCCCUGCGUGGUUUUGAUGGAUGAACUGGAUCAGCUCGUCACGAAGAACCAGGCUGUCAUGUAUAACUUCUUCAACUGGCCAACGUUGCGCCACAGUCGUCUGAUUGUUUUGGCAGUUGCAAACACCAUGGACUUGCCAGAAAGAACGUUGAGCAACAAAAUUAGCAGUCGUCUUGGCUUGACUCGAAUCACAUUCCCGGGCUAUACUCACGAUCAGCUCAUGAAGAUUAUUCAAUCUCGUUUAGAGGGUGUGCCAGGAAACAUUGUCGAUGCUGACGCGGUUCAAUUCGCCAGUCGAAAGGUUGCUGCGGUCAGUGGUGAUGCCCGACGAGCUUUAGAUAUUUGUCGAAGAGCUGUUGAGCUAGCCGAAGCCGACGCGCCACCCGAUCCAUCGACACCGAGCAAGAAAGCCCCAGGGGCUAACGCCGCGGAGCUUGCACGCCGCGGUCGCGUUACCAUUGCUACUAUCAAAAAGGCCAUCAACGAGGCCACCUCGAAUCCCAUCCAACAGCAUCUAUGUAGUCUGCCUUUAACAAGCAAACUGCUUAUGGCGGCAAUGCUCUUACGAAUCAGGAGGGCCGGCCUCGUGGAAACUACGUUUGGUGAGACGCUCGACGAGCUGCAGCGUGUAUCCGCAUACGCGCCACGAGCCCCCCUUGGCAUGGCCCAGAUCCUCGGCACCCACGCGAAGGGCGCAGGGCAUGGCGGCGCGCUUCAGCGUCACACGGGACGUCCUUGCUACGUCCAUACGGCUGCACUCGACCUUGUUGCUGCGGGUCUCAUCAAUUUGGAGGCCCAACGAGCAGAGAGGAGCAGCAAGCUGCGGCUAGCGAUUGCCGACGACGAGGUGAAGAUGGCGCUUCGAGAAGAUCCGGAGCUGCGUGCACUAGGAAUCGGUAUAUGA